AUGGAUUCUUUGGCUAAUUAUUGUAGUGAUGGAGAAAAUAGUAACAAUUCAGGUGACGCUCAAAUGUCAAAUGAAAAGAAGUGUAGUACCCGCGAGAAGAAAUCCAGCGAUGUCAAUUACGAUCCAGUUCAAAUGGAUAUGAGUGAGGAAAGUAACAACAAUAAUUCUUCGGAUGACUCGGAAAGUGAUAACAGAACUCGUAGUCCAACGAUAUUGAAUCACCAAACGUCGAGUGCUGUAAAGUCAGAUUCUACACGUUCUCAUCGAUCUCCCUCAGACCAGAGACGUGCAGAUCAUGACAGUUACAAAUCAAGUUCUCAAGGGGACCUCAAGCGCAGCAAUAAUAAAAAUUAUCGUACACGAAGCUCAGAAGAAAGAUGUCACCGAUCGUCAAGUGAUAGAAAACAUCGUGAUUCAGAUUAUAAAGAUUCUAAAAAAUCUCGAGAUGAUAAUAGAAGAAGACAUCACGAUGAAGAUCGUAAAAGAAUACUAUACAGGCGAUCUAAAUAUAGAGAUCGGGACCAAAGGCAUUCUAGAAGUGACCGGACAAAAGACCGUUAUCGGGACGAACAUUCAUCAUAUCAAAAAGACAAAGACCGUCCGAGGUCUCGAUCAAAAUCAAAAGAUCGUUCUUCAUUACCUUCCCGAUCAUUAAACUAUCGCGAAGAAAAAGGAAGAAGUAAAUUAGCACAAUUAGAAAAACUUGGCAUAGAAUUGAAAACUCCUGAAUGUACAGCAAGUAAUCCAAAUGCUCAUAAUGAACAAAGUUUCUAUAAUCCUUUAACAACUGCAACUCAGGGAAAAUAUGCAGAACAAAUUCAAAAAAGGAAACUUUUGUGGGCUAAUAAGUCAAAGCAAGAAGAAGGUAAAGCUACCCCUGCAGUAAGUUCCAAUACAUGGAUGGGAACGACAUUUACUCAUGAUCAAGAUGGAAAGCUUUCAGCUAAAUUUAAAAGAUUAAUGGGUAUAAAAAAUGAAGUACUCAUUGCACCAACGCCGGGACAAAAGCCAGAGAUUUUAAAGAAACAGGAAGAAAUGUUCAAUAAUAUGGAACAACAAUAUGAAGUAGCUCGCGCAACAACACAUACUCAACGAGGGGUUGGACUCGGUUAUGCUAGUAGCGGUUAUCAAUUUCCUAGAUAG